GGGCCAGCAGUGAGGGUGGGCAGCUCCGACAGUGGUAGGAACUGGAAUGGACUGAGAAAUCAGGCCAGCCUUUCCUGGUACACAGAUGGGGAAUCCGAGGCCCAGAGAAGGGGCGCGUCUUGUCCGAAGCGCACUGCAAGGCAGGCGCAGAGCGGGCCUCUCCCCAGUGUGACGCGGCUGGCGCGGGCGGUGGGCGAUCUUGGACGAGACUCUUCCCUGUUCCUUUCGCCGGCUUUUGUUGAAAGCCAUGACAGGUUGGAGAGGAUCAUUACCUACGUUUCAAAAGCUUCUACUUCUCAGUGAUAAAGUUGGAAAGGAAGGUUGUUGAUAACAAACCCGGGCUAUUUUGGAGCGGAGAAGAGUUGCUGAGACAGGUUGCAGAGAAAAGAGACAUUGUUUCUGUACUCUAGAACAGAAGGAGAAGAAAUUGUGGAAACCGAAGCAUGAAGGACUGAGGUUAGACACCUACAGGGACUUCCCAAGAGAAUUUUCCAGGCGCCACCUCUGGAGUUGGCAGCAGGCAGGAUGGCCGGUACUGAGAGAAGCUGGCGGUGACUCGGGUGCCCAGAGUGGCAGCUCCGUCUCCUGAAGAUGAAGUGGCCCAGGUGAAGAGCAGGCGAGGCCCGAUGGCCAGCUCCAGGACAGAGGUGCGCUGGGCCGAGCUGGGCCUGGGGAGGGGGCCCCAGCGGCGGCGCUGGGCCUGGGCCGAAGAGGAAAAGGUUGCCAAGGGGAGCGGGGGGAAAGAGGUGGCCUUUCCCAGUGCCACCAGCCCCGAGCUCCUGGAGGACUUCCGGCUGGCCCAGCAGCGCCUUCAGCCGCUGGAGUGGGACCCGGACCCGCGGGCUGCUGAACGCCAAGAUUCUGAAUCGGGAGAGUCUGCAGGAGAGGAGUUUGGAGGAGAGGAUGUGGACAGCCCAGAAAGUUCCAACUUGCCUCUCAACUGGAUCCCCCAGCAGGAUCCUCACCUGGCCAUGACUGAAGAGGAUCCGGAUGAAGCCCUUGGAGAUCCUGAGGUGGGGGGAGCUGGAGAGAGCUCCCCAAGAUCGGAGUAUGAGACUGGUCUCAGCUCAGGGGACAAUGGAAAUACCAGCCCCAGCGCUCUGGGGUGGGGUCAGGACAUGGGCUGGGUGGCCUCUGGCAAACAAGCCAGUGGAGACAAACUUCCAGAACAUUCUGAGGACAACCCAACUGUUGACCUCAGCUCUGCAAGGUCCUGGAGCAGUGGGACCAUGAGCCUCGACCACGCCAAUGAUCACCUUGAUUCUACCUGGGAAGGAGAAACUGAUGUCCCCCAGCCCGUCGCGCUGGCAGAAACCUUACCACAGAGCUCCAGCCACCACCUCCUAAACCCAGACACCAGAACUGGAGGAAGUGUUGCUCUGGCAACCCCCACGGAAUUCCAGGACUCCUCAAUACCCCAGGCCCAGAGCCUCCAGUGUCCGGCAGAUAAGUGGAAAGAAAGUACCAACCUCUCCUGCCCUCAGUUGGGGGACCAAGCCUGGAAACGGACACGGACAUCCCCUAAGCCGCUCCCUUCUCGAUUCACCGGCUCCAUCAGCCCCCUGAAUCCACCUAGGCCAGGCCGACAAGACAGGCUACCACCCAGGCAGGGAGCCACUCUGGCUGGCCACUCAUCUUCUGAUGCCUCCAAAUAUGGGCGGGGGCAGCUGAACUACCCGCUCCCUGAUUUCUCCAAGGUGGGACCCCGGGUAAGGUUCCCCAAAGAUGAGAGCUACCACCCCCCCAAGGCCAGGAGUUACAGCAGGCAGCCUCAGGGCCCUGCCAGGCCGCUGAUCUUCAAGUCACCGGCUGAGAUUGUGCAGGAGGUACUGUUGAGCAGCGGAGAAAUCUGCCCGGCCAAGGACCCACCUCCUACACACCCCAUCACCAGGGUACCCCAAGAAUUUCAGACGCCUGAACAAGCCACCAAGCUGGUCCAUCAGCUCCAGGAGGACUACCACAAGCUCCUCACCAAGUACGCUGAGGCCGAGAACACCAUUGACCAGCUGCGCCUUGGGGCCAAGGUGAACCUGUACUCGGACCAGCCCCAGCCCAGCCACAGCAUGCAUACAGGGACGGUGCCCCAGGGGACCAAGGUCUUGUCCUUCAGCAUCCCACAGCCCCACUCUGUGCUGUGGUGGUCGGGCCCUGCCGAAGCCCCACAGACCUCUGGGACCUCAGGGUGGCCGUCAGCUCAAGGAGACCUGAACCCCUCCUCGUCUGCCCCAGCGUGGCUUCUGGAGAACCCGGUCAUCACCCAGGACCAGCCAUCAGCAGAACGGACCCAGGAGUUGGCCGCUCAGGCCAGCCAGUUCAUGGCCAAGGUGGAGGCCUUUGCAGGACUGUUGCAGGCGGGACGGCUGACAGCCCAGGACCAACUCAAGGUCUUCCAGCGCCUAAAGGCUGUCCAUACAGCCCUGGAGGAGGAGUACCUGAAGGCCUGCAGGGAGCAGCAACUGGCCCAGCAGCUUGCCGGCUCCCCGGGGACACCUGGAAAAUUCGAUCCUGGCAGGGAGCUAGAGGAGGAGAUAUUCCAGCUGGGAAUUCGCCUGGAAGAGCUGAAGGACCACAUGGACCAGAACCAGCAGGAGCCUGAGCGAGUCGGGUCAGACUGCACUCCGGACAGCCUCGCAGCCUCGCCCGCCCCGCACCAGCCGGCGUGCCUGCCUUCUCCUUCAGGACAAGCCUCCAACCCCGCCAUCCAUACCCUCUGCCCUCAGCCUGAUGCCGCCAGCAGCAUGGGCCCCUGCGCAUCGCUCGUAAACGUGGAGCUUAGUGCUGCCAGCAAUGAGGGGGAGGACAGGCCCCUGGGCCUCCCGGCCCCUCUCAGGCCCAAGGAGCUGCAGGUGGAGCAGGAUCUCCAUGGCCUCCUGGAGCGGUACCUCAGCGUGAAGUCCCUCCCAGAAGCCAUGAAGAUGGAGGCGGAGGAGGAGGAAGACGGGCAAGGCCACAUAGUGGAAGUGGACGGGCCAGCUCCAGCUCCAGGAAACUCCGAGGCCACCAGGAUCCCCAUAAGGCAGCUCCCAGCACUGGCCAAAAGAAGUCACAGGACCCCCCUCAAGGAGACUGUGGAGCAGAUGGGGUCUGUAAAGCCAGCAGGCGUCCAUGUAUCCACGGCCAGAGAUGGGUACCUCCAGGGCCUGCACAAAGCCAAGGCAGCCCCUCCAGGCCCGAGCAGGCCACCCCACCCUCGGGGCACCAGGACUGCAGGAUCGCACCAGAGCAGUCUGACCAGCUUAGAGGGAAGUGGCAUCUCUGAGCACCUUCCCCAGAAGUCUCUGCACCAAGCUGGGGGCCCCCACCUAGAGGAGCCCUGGAUGGCGUCCCCGGAGACAGACAGUGGCUUUGUGGGCUCAGAAACCAGCAGAGUGUCGCCCCUCACCCAAACCCCGGAGCACCGGCUCUCCCACAUCAGCACUGCAGGAACAUUGGCCCAGCCAUUCACUUCAUCUGAGGCCCAGGAUGCAGCCUCCCACCCCCAGACCAGCGGUCCUCCAGUCCCCAGAAGAGCCUCGGAGCCCAGCACACCCAGGAGCCGAGCCCAGAGGCGACCCUCGGGCCGGGCCAGUCCCUUGCCGCAGAGGGCACCGAGCCUCUGCGAGGAGCGGGCGCUGGUGGCCGAGAUGGCGGUCCCUGGCCCAGAGUUCGAGGGGCGAAAGCGGCUUUCCGAACAGCUCCCCGCCAGAGCCACAAUCAGCCCCCCGCCCACCCCGACCCCUGCAGCUGCCACUCUGCCCCAUGGAACAGCAGAGAGCACCGGCGCCUUCCUCCUCACCAGGACAGGGCGAGACCAGGCCAUCCGAGAGCUGCAAGAGGAGGUGUCUCGGCUCCGUCUACGGCUGGAAGACAGCCUGCACCAGCCAGCCCAGGGCAGCCCGACGCACCCGGCGUCCACCCUCAACCGCCCCCCCCGGGCCCGGGCCCGGCCGGCAGAUGCCUCCACUUCCUGGGGCUCCCACUAUGGCAGUAAAUCCACAGAGAGAUUGUCUGGUGAGCCUGGAGGUGGGGAGCGAACGGAGCCCGCAGGAAGGCGGCGAGCCAGGUCUUCCUCAGUGCCUCGGGAGGUGCCCCAGCUGUCUCUGACUUCUGAAUCUGAGCCACCCUCCCCCCAGCGGUUCUCUGAGAAGAGCCGGACCACCGAGGACAGUGCACAGUCAGCUCGGGACGGAAUGAAAGGAGUCGGCGGCCCCAGGCGGCCAGACAGGGUCACCUUCUGGGGCCAGUACACAGGCCAGGAGUACCAUGUUCUGACCCCCAAGUCGGCCCCAAGAGGCAGCGGCUCGGUCUCCUGUCCCCACUGCCGACCUGCUGGGACCCAGGACUCAGGUGGUGCUGUCACCAGGGACCCACCAGGACCGUCCCCCACUGAUCCCCUGAGAUGCGCCCUGUGCGGUCAAGUUGGGCCCCCCCCAGCGAUGGAUGGCCCGGACUCAGCCACCUCGGGGCCAGACAGGGCCGCCAGCAGGAGAAACGCACGCACGGCCCCCAGCCCCACACAGCGGAGCAAGCGUGUGGGGUCGCCAGCCCGGCCGCCCCCUGGACUGUGGUAUCUGGCGGCGGCGCCCCCGGCACCGGCCCCCGCCGCCCUCACCUACAUCUCCUCGGUUCCCAUCAUGCCUCAUCCAUCAGCCACUGUGUAUUACGUGCCUCCAGGACCUACCUCCGCUUCCUUGGCCCACCCGGCCCCCGCCGAGUGGCCCCCCACGGCCCCCUCCCGACCGGCCGGGGGCCACCGGCACUCCAUCCAGCUGGACCUGGAGGACCUGGAGGAGCUCAACAAGGCCCUGACCCAAGCCGUGCAGGCUGCCGAGAGCAUCCGCUCUACCACCAAGCACAUGAGCCGCUCCCUGUCUGCCGACCUGCGCCAGGCCCGGAGCCUGCGGGGCUCCUGCCUCUUCUGACUUCACUGGAGACUCAGAGCCAGCUGGUGGGGGCAGGUGGGCAGGCAGCCUGCUGCUGUCCCCCGGGCCAGGAGUCGGCUGGAGCCACUCCUGAAGGCCCCGUAGGCCCCUCCUGAGAGGUCUCCUUCUAGCACAGGGCCCACCUGCUCAGUGUCUUCAAAGCGCAAGGGCUGUUGGCCUGGUCAUCAAGAGAAGGAACUUCCCGGGGGCCCAGCCUCUCAGGAAGUGCUGGGACCGAGGCCAUCUUCUGCCCAGAUGCAGUCUCUGGGGGGUCUCCUGGUCCUGCACUGUCCACCUCUGGCUAAUAUGUAUUUCCUAUACAGAUGGACAGAUUUUUGUUUUUUUAAA